AACUGCCCGUCCCUUGGUCUUGUGAGCAUGUGAAGAGAGAUGGAGCGAACCCGACAACCUCGUUCAGCUCAUUCGUUUCCCUUUUCAGUUGAGGCUAACUACGUGCCGUCUCUCUCUUUUCUUUUCCUUUUCCUCUCUCUCACUCUCUCACUGCUCUUAUUAUUGCUCUCUUACUCAGGUACUGACUAUACUCUCUCUAUUUUGGGGUCUCAGGGCUGGGUAUUAAACUGUCCUCCUUCUGUUUCCUCUUACCCAUCUCUUCAUUCCUGUCUUACUUACUCUUUGCCACUCGAUCCCCAACCUCGCUGUAACAGCUUCAACAAGUUAUUUGAAGCUCUUCAAUUCCUCUCAGCAUUUGCCGUUCAUCCUCAAUCGCUUGAAUUGCUUCGGAUAUCCCGGUCCAACUAGCUUUAGGCCCUGUGCUCGUUAGCUCGCGCUGUGAAAGUAAGUGGUGGACAGGGUUGCUUUGCAGAGACUGGACCCCAACAGCUUCAAAUUAUUUUAUUUUAUCCGGGACAGACAAUCCCUCCCCUCGGAAGCUACACCAAUAUUUGCUUAGGAUCCAUACUAAGCUGAGACUGGUCGAGACUGUGUGAGUAUAGUUGCACUGCAUUGUCCAAAUAUUGAGACUUGCAGGUUUCAGCUCACUUCAGCUGAACCCAAGCCUCGUUCAUAAACCACUGCUGCCCUUCACCAUCGUCUUCAUGUCUGUUCCUAACAACCAAAACAGUCAGUUAUACAGUCCCUUACCUUUAAAAUGGCCGACGAUGGUCCUCCUCUUAUUCGUCCCGUCCCUCGAAGACCCUUCGAUCUCGGCUUGACGACUCCUACACCACCAAGCGAGAACUCGUCCCCUUCAACUCCAGCGCCUGUUCCAGAUCCCAACAUUGCGCGCUUCCUACAACCAACUCCUGAGCCUGCGAGCGCAGGUCUUAGCAGGCCUCAGUCAUUCAUGAAUUUGACCUCCUCGACGCUCUUCGGAAUCUACUCCCCCACGACGUCCUCUUCUCGCGACCGUGUCUUUGCCGAUCGCGAUGAACUCGAUACACCCUGGGGAACUGGCGCUCAGACACCCAUUCAGAGACCUAGCAUCGACGACGCUACGUUUGAUUUUCUGAAGGAUCGAUCACAUCACAUUCGUCGCCGGUCCUCGAUUCGAGUUCACGAACCCGCUGGACCUCCAAAGCAUUCUCCAUCUGGUGGUGCUCUAGUAUUAAGAGGACUUUUGCUUUUCGUUCUCGGCGUGGGAUAUGGCGUAUUAGUCACAUCGCGCUUCCACGAGUCGGACAGUCUUCCGUCUCGUGCUACGUACAACUGGGGCCAUUUGACGUUUUGGGGUCUGGCUGGUGUUGCACUGGGCGCGCUGUUCCCUUGGUUUGAUCGGGUAUGGGAGAAUUCGUUCAGCGACAAUGGGGAUGAAGCUGUGUUAGAAAACAGUGCUUCAGCGAAAGAUGAUGACCCAAGCACUGACUGGGCGCUUGCUGUCCGGGCUAUCGGCGCCUUUGUUGGAAUUGUCUUCGCGAUUCGCAAAGUGGCCUGGGCGUCCACCCUUCAGGUGUCACUGACCUUGGCACUUGUCAAUCCCCUCCUGUGGUGGCUUAUCGACCGCUCUAAGCCUGGUUUUCUGCUUUCAGCUGCUGUUGGACUCGCAGGGUCGGUUGUGCUCCUCGGCGUGAACCCAGAUAUGAUGCCGGCGCCUACUCAGGUUCCUUUCAGGCAUUUGGUUAAUGCCACAAUGGCAGGCGAUGGAGAUAUGCCCAUUCUUGGUGGACUUGCCCAGCAGAAGACACUUGAGACGGGCAUGUGGAUGCUGAGUGUGCUUUUCUGCAGCUGUGUCUGCUUUGGGAACAUCGGCCGUCGACUCACCCUCGGGCCAUCGACAACAGCCAAGGGGCGCUGGGCUGGAGUGAGAUGAUGACGAGCGAGAAGCUGAUCUGAUGUGUAAUCAGCUGUAUUGGUCUUUUCACAUUCGGUAGCCUGAUGUGUCUAUGAUAUCCUUUUGGUUUGGGCGACAAUCAUGGGGAGGUAUAUAUAUGGGCGGGUUUAUUGGACAAUGGGAACGGAGGCAUGUGUAUAGUUAUCGAGAUUGGGUAAGGGCAUUUUGCAGAUCAUACAGGACGAUAUGAUGCUUAGUUUACUGAUAUGGUCUGUUUAUGACGACAACUGUUCUGCUCUUCUGUUCUCCUGAGAGGAAGAGCAUGAAUAGGCUAGGCUAGGCUUAAAUGGCUAAGGAAUGAUAAUGCCAUUUCAUUCUACGUUUCAAUUACAAAAAGGGAACUCACGAAUCUGUCACGAUGCGUUGUUUCUUCUCUUUAUCGUUCAGAUGCCUGGGCUGUAGAUCCAAUCUGCUGAACUAGGCAUCUCGUACUAUCGAGUUGAACCUCCAUUGGCCCAGCAAAGAAUGAACCCCGAUUGUAAACUUUUGCUUGUUCUUGUUCUCUCUGGAUUUUCUUUUUCGAAUCAUGAAUUGUUUCCCAAUGUCAAACCAAAAUAUGUUCGCCC